CACACAUACAGGUGAGCAGGUCCUGAAUUAAAAGCCGAACACACACAGCACACGCUGCAUUUGAACACUUCACACACACAGAACUACAGCAUUCAAACACUAACGGAUCGUUAUAUUGUCUGGAUGAAGACGUGGAUUUUUCUCUCAUUAGCAGCUCUGUCUGCGGUGUGUGUGGGACAGCAGGACUGCUGGCGCGGGGCGUGUUACCCUGCGAUGGGCGACCUGCUGCUGGGGCGAGAGCAGAACCUGCGCGCCUCCUCCACAUGUGGUCUGAUGGGGUCUGAGGUGGUCUGCACUCCACACGGACAGUGGAAGAUGAAAUGCUGUCCGUGUGACUCUCGUAACCCGGCGGCGUAUAACGCGCACACCAUCCAGAACGUGAUCUCCAGCGCAGGGCCUAACCGAUGGUGGCAGUCCAAGAAAGAUGUGAGUCCCGUGACGCUGCAGCUGGAUUUAAAUGGAAUGUAUCACCUGGAAACCGUCUUACUCUCUUUUAAGGGCCCAAGGCCUGACGCGCUGAUCAUCGAGAGGUCGAAGGAUUUCGGUCGCUCUUGGCAGCCUGUCCUGUACAUGGCCACCGACUGCCCAUCCACCUUUCCUCAGGUGGGCACCUCGUUUCCACGCACCUUCGAGGAAACGUACUGCUUCACGCUAACAUCCACCGCCGCUGACCCCUACAGGGACCAGAAGAUUCAGUUUUAUCCUCUGCGUCAGUUCGCAGACAUCGACGUACCGAACGAAUAUAAAAUCGAAGUGGCGUCCGGUUUCACGGGUCUGAGGGUCAACCUGACUCAGCUGGGUUCGGUUCCCAGCAUGCCCGGCCGCAGUCUGAGCCAGUUUUACGCCCUGCGAGAGAUGCGGGUGAUGGGAUCCUGCUUCUGCCACGGACACGCCAACCGCUGCCUCCCCGACAACAACCUGCCCAACACACAGGUCAGUGGCGUGUGUGACUGUCAGCACAAUACAGCAGGCGUGAACUGUGACCGAUGUGAUGACCUCCAUAAUGACCUUCCCUGGAAACCUGCGGAAAAUGGAAACACACACACCUGCAAACGCUGUGAGUGUAAUGAUCACGCGGAUCGCUGUCACUUUGACGCGGAGCGUUACGAGGCGACGGGCCGCAGGAGCGGAGGAGUGUGUGACUACUGCACUCAUCACACCACCGGACCCAACUGUGAGCGCUGCGCUGACUACUACUACAGAAACCCUCUGAGUGACAUCAGGAGCCCCGAUACCUGCCUGCGCUGUCUGUGUAGCGCGGCCGGCUCUGUGAACGGAGGUCAGUGUGACGCUCAGACGGGAGAGUGUGUGUGUAAAGCAAACGUUGAAGGCGAUGGCUGUGACCGAUGCAAAGCUGGAUACUACAACCUCAACGCCAACAACCCUCUGGGCUGCUCCAAGUGCUCCUGUAGUCCAGGCGGCUCGGUCAGGGGUGUUUGUGAUCAGCUGAUGGGUCAGUGUGAGUGUCGCCCUCGUGUGGAGGGUUUGUCAUGUGACCGCUGUGCUGCGGGUUACUGGAACCCAUCGUCGCCCAGCGGCUGCCAGCCAUGUGACUGUGACCCGGUGAACGCCCGCAGCGCCACCUGUGACCAGCACACGGGUCAGUGUCUGUGUCGCCCCGGCAUCGGGGGCCGGACCUGCAGCGGUUGCCCUGACAACACGUACGGAGAUCCUCUGAUUGGCUGCAGACGGUGUGACUGUGAUCCAUCGGGCACAGAGUCGGGUGGCUGUGACAAACGUACAGGUGCGUGUCUCUGUAAACCGGGUGUAACCGGCGCCCGCUGUGACGUCUGCAGCCGCGUCCACUGUGCCAGUUUCCCAGAGUGCCCCGCGUGUCCGUCCUGCUUCUUCAGCAUGAACGGCCGUCUGCAGGAGCUCAUGCUGGCACUGGAGCACCUCUCAAACUACCAGAUCCCCUCCACCGACACCAACCGCAGGAUCCAGACGCUGAUAGACACACUCACACACCUGCAGGAGACCAUCUCUGUCCCGCCGGAGUCCAGCCGCGCACUGACCGACAACCUGCAGAGACUCAACCAGAUCAAGUCUCAGCUGAACGGUUUGACUGAAGAGCUGGCAUCCCAGCCGCGGGACGGUGAUCUCAAUCACAGUCUGGACGACCUGCAGGGGCUUCUGUCGUCUCUGCGUCUGGAGUUCUUCACUAAGAGAGACGCUUUCACUAACGCCACCGGAUCCAACAACGCCAGCACCUUCUACGCCAUCCAGAAGUCAUAUGAGAAGUCGACGGAUGCCGCCAAACGAGCUGACACCGCUAAAGACACGCUGAAGAAGUCUGAGGGCCUGAGCGACCUGAAAGACGUGCAGCACGCAAACACCAUAGAUUUGGAGAAACUCAAGAAGGAUCUGGCAACUCGGCCGAAUCUGACGCCCACCUCAAACAAGGUGUGCGGCGGCAAUCGCAUGGAGUCCUGCACUCCGGAGCUCUGCGCUGGUGGUCUGUGUCCUCCUGACGGAGCGCCCCCUUGUGGAGCGGAGGAACCCUGCGCCGGAGCGCUGCCCAAUGCCAACAAGGCCUUUCAGGACGCCGACGAGGUGAAGGCCAAACUACAGGAUCUCAACAACAAGAUCACGCAAGCAGCUGCACAGAUACAGGAAGCUCAAAAUUCCACCAAUAGGGUGAGACUGUCCACAGACGAGCUGGCCAAUCAGAUUAAGCAGGUGCAAGCCAAUGUGGAUAAAGACCUGAAGAACACCAAAGACUUCAUAAACAAUCUCAAGGACUUCCUGUCAGAGCCUCAUUCAGAUCCGAAUGAGGUACAGCGGGUGUGUGAGGCCAUUCUGGAUGCUCAGGUUCCUCUGAGCAUGGAGAAGCUGAAGCAGAAGCUGAAGGAGCUGCAGAAUCUGGCGUCUUCACUGCCAAACAGCAGCAGAGUCCUGGAGAACAGCAGAGAGCAGCUGGAGAACGGCAGACACCUGCUGGAGGAGGCUAACAACACACGUGACGCUGCGUUCAGUAUCCAGCAGGAGGCUGAUAGCAUCCUGGAAAAGAUGGGCGACAAUGAGGCCAUUUUCAAAGAGCUGGAAGACAAGAUCCAUCAGAGCGUCGUCAUCGCAAACAACAUCAAGAACGACGUCAAACAGAUAGAGGACGUGCUGCCUCCCGCCGAGCAGGGGAUUGUGGGAGUCGCAGAGCUGCUGGAUGAGAUGCGCCCCCUGCUGGACGGCCUGAAGAAAGACGCGACGACGGGAACGACGCAUGCGAACGAAGCUCAGGAUCAGGCAAAUUCAGCACAGGACGAGGCCGAACAAGCGGCAGAGGAGCUGGAAGAGCUGAAGGAGGAGUUCGAGCGGAUGAAACGCACAGUGGCUGCAAACACUGAGAUGGGUGAAGACUCCGCCCGCUUACAGGCGCUACAGAAGGAGGCGGAGUCUCUGAUGACGGACACCAAUGACAUCAUGCAGGCUCUGAAAGAUAAGGAGGCAUCCAUUCGUCAGGGAGCGGCGGAGCUGCAGCAGAACGCGGCGCGGCUGACCGGUCUGGACGAUCAAGUGAAGAAACUCAGAGACGACAUCCGCUAUAAAGUCACCAGUCUGAACAUAUGCCAGGGCUGAGGACCACAACACACGAGAAACACUCAUGUGCAACCAAUAAAGUGUCUGAAUGAA